UUUCCCAAGAAAAAGCUCAGCUCUCUCAGUUUUUGUGCCCGUCUUAUUGGCGCUCUCAUUGUCUUUGUCGACAGUGAUAAAGAGAGCAGUUGAAGCGGGCGCCUGUUUUUGGAAUAAGAAAAGCAUUGCUGUUUUCUGACUUUGAGGGAAGAAAGAAGGGACUCCUCUGGAAUUUCUCAAGGAUUUUUUUCCGGACAGCUCCGUUACCGGGGCUUUGCAUUCUACCGCCUGGGUACAUAAUGUGACCAAGUAUUCCUCAUUAGGGAGAUUCUGAGGAGUUCCCUUCUUUCAUCACUCUGGUCUGGGGCAGCAAUCGCAAUUGAUUAUUCCAAACGGGUGGGGGCAAAGGGGGCAUUCAUUUCAGUGGUGUGUUGGCGAGGAUAAACGGCAGCAGCAUCAGGCAGCAUGUUGGCACCUGCAUGAAACCAAAAGAGGAGCCUCAUUUCUGUCCUCUUUCCUGAGACAUCAACCACAGGAUGAGGCCUGAGGCAGCUCUUGAACUGUUGGGACGGUUGCUUGAGUGCUGAGAGGCUGUGAAUACCCUGCAUCUGAGAAAUCAGACCAGACUGACUCACAGGGCUCUGUGAGCCAGUGCCACUGAGGCUGCCAAAGCAUGCUGGUGCCAAGCUGUCCCACCAUGCACAGGGCCAGGCCCACGCUGCUGCUGCCACUGCUGCUCGUCCUGGGUCUGCUCCUCCACCUCGCUGACUCUGAAACACCACCAAAGUUUUUAAGAACCCCCAAUGACCAAACAGGCGUGCAAGGAGGCGUGGCAUCCUUCAUCUGCCAAGCUACAGGAGAUCCACGGCCAAAGAUUGUGUGGAACAAGAAGGGGAAGAAAGUCAGCAACCAGAGAUUUGAGGUAGUGAUCGAGUUUGAUGACGGCUCUGGUUCAGUGCUAAGAAUUCAGCCAUUGCGCACGCCCCGAGACGAAGCCAUAUAUGAAUGCGUCGCCUCCAACAGUGUUGGAGAGACGAGCGCUACCACCAAACUCACUGUUUUACGUGAGGACCAGCUGCCCCCUGGUUUCCCCACCAUAGACAUGGGUCCACAGUUGAAAGUGGUGGAGCGCACACGCACUGCCACCAUGCUCUGUGCUGCCAGUGGCAACCCUGAUCCAGACAUCUCCUGGUUCAAAGACUUCCUCCCUGUCAACACCACCAACAACAACGGGCGCAUUAAACAGCUCAGAUCAGAAUCCUUUGGUGGUACUCCAAUAAGAGGAGCCCUCCAGAUAGAGCAGAGCGAAGAGUCCGACCAGGGAAAGUAUGAGUGUGUGGCGACCAACAACGGUGGAACACGUUACUCUGCCCCAGCAAAUCUUUAUGUCAGAGAGCUGCGAGAAGUGCGCCGAGUGCCACCGCGAUUCUCCAUUCCACCUACAGACAAUGAGAUCAUGCCCGGCGGCAGCGUUAAUAUCACAUGUGUGGCAGUGGGCUCUCCUAUGCCAUACGUCAAGUGGAUGCUGGGUGCUGAGGACCUCACACCAGAGGACGACAUGCCGAUUGGACGAAAUGUUCUCGAGCUUACAGACGUGCGGCAGUCAGCCAACUACACAUGUGUGGCAAUGUCAACCCUGGGGGUGAUAGAGGAUGUGGCACAGAUAACAGUCAAAGCAUUGCCCAAGGCUCCUGGCAUUCCUGUGGUGACAGAGCGUACAGCUACCAGCAUAACGCUGACCUGGGACUCUGGCAAUCCUGAGCCGGUCUCCUACUACAUCAUCCAACACAAGUCCAAGUUCUCGGAGGACUUGUACAAGGAGAUCGAUGGUGUGGCCACCACUCGGUACAGCGUGGGGGGCCUCAGCCCGUACUCUGACUACGAGUUUCGGGUUGUGGCUGUGAACAACAUCGGACGGGGCCCACCCAGCGAGAGCAUCGAGGCCAAAACAGCUGAACAGGCACCCAGCACGGCGCCAAGGCAGGUCAGAGGUCACAUGCUGAGUACCACCACAGCUGUUAUUCACUGGGAUGAACCGGAGGAGCCUAAUGGACAGAUCAUGGGCUAUAGAGUCUACUACACCAUGGAUUCUGCCCAGCAUGUCAACCUCUGGGAAAAACAGAUCGUUCGGGGUUCUAACUUUGUCACCAUCCAAGGACUCAUCCCUAAUAAGACCUACUACAUCAAGGUCCUGGCCUACACCUCAGUUGGUGAUGGUCCCCUUUCCACAGACCUUCAAAUCAUUGCAAAGACUGGAGUUCCCUCUCAACCAACUGAAUUUAAGGGAGAAGCCAAAUCAGAAACAAGCAUCUUACUCUCAUGGAUUGCCCCUGCACAGACUGGACAAGAAAAUCAAAUCACAGGAUAUGAACUUAUGUAUAGGAAGAGGGACGACAAAGAGGAGAAACGAAUCAGUUUUGAGCCGACAACAACAUACUUACUGAAGGACUUGAAGCCUUUCACUACUUAUACUUUCCGGCUGGCUGCUCGUAGUAAACAUGGAGUUGGAGCUUAUACCAAUGAGAUCUCUGCAGAGACUCCACAGACACAACCCUCAGGCCCACCUCAGGAAGUCAAGUGCCAUAGCCCCAGCUCCACCAGUAUUCUGGUAAGUUGGUGGCCACCCCCAGUGGAAUUACAAAAUGGGAUCAUUACGCAAUACACUAUCCAAUAUACUGCAACUGAAGGGGAGGAUACUACUACUCGUCAAGCCUCCAACAUCCCUCCGGAAAACUCCCAGUACCUUUUGGAAAACUUGGAAAAAUGGACAGAGUACCGUGUGACAGUCAUUGCUCAUACAGAUGUUGGAGCAGGACCAGAAAGUCUACCACAGCUCAUCCGCACAGAGGAGGAUGUUCCUAGUGGGCCACCUCGUAAAGUUGAGGUGGAGGCUGUCAACUCCUCAUCAAUUAAAGUGAUCUGGCGCUCACCGAUGCCCACCAAGCAGCACGGUCAGAUUCGAGGGUACCAGGUGCACUAUGUCAGGAUGGUUAAUGGGGAGCCCACAGGACAGCCAGUCAUCAAGGACAUCCUGAUUGAUGAUGCCCAGUGGGAAUAUGAUGAUUCAACUGAACACGAAAUGAUCAUCACAGAGCUGCAGGCUGAAACCACUUAUUCAGUCACUGUAGCCGCCUAUACGACAAAGGGCGAUGGUGCACGCAGCAAACCCAAACUGAUCACAACCACUGGCGCAGUUCCUGACAAACCCCGACUAAUGGUCAGCACAACCAACAUGGGCACAGCUCUCCUUCAGUGGCAUCCCCCAGCAUUAACACACGGGCCACUUCUAGGCUAUCGGCUCCGCUUUGGUCGCAAAGACGUGGAUCCUCUGACUGUCAUUGAGUUCCCUGAACGGGACAACCAUUACACAACCAAAGAGAUUCACAAGGGAGCCUCAUACACCUUCCGCCUUUCUGCGCGCAACAAGGUUGGCUUUGGAGAAGAGACAGUCAAAGAAGUCACCACAAAUGAGGAUGUCCCAAGUGGCUACCCUCAGAGCAUUGUAGCAGAGGGUGCCACCACUUCCACUGUACAGGUUAGCUGGCACUCUGUUUUGCUGGCAGAGCAAAAUGGGAAAAUAGUGAAAUAUGCGCUGCAGUAUAAGGACAUCAACAGCCCACGCAGUCCCUCAGAGCUCUUCAUCACUGCUCCGGAAUCAACAGUCAUCCUGGAUGGCCUUAAGGCAGAUACCACUUAUGAUAUUAAAAUGUGUGCCUUCACCAGCAAGGGCUCUGGUCCCUAUAGCCCAAGUGUCCAAUUCAGGACACAGCCUUUGGAUCAAGCAGUGUUUGCAAAAAAUUUUCACGUGAAAGCAGCCAUGAAGACAUCAGUGUGGUUGACCUGGGAAAUCCCAGACACCUACAACCCAGCUCAACCCUUCACUAUUCUCUACGAUAAUGGCCAGAGUGUGGAGGUCGAUGGCAAGCUAACUCAAAAGCUAAUCACGGGUCUUCAACCAGAGACACAGUAUUCCUUCCUUCUCACCAACCGCGGCAACAGUGCUGGAGGUCUACAGCACCGUGUAUCCACCAUGACAGCCCCGGACAUCCUUCGCACAAAACCGUACUUGAUUGGCAAGACCAACUCGGACGGUAUGGUGAUUGUGGAGCUACCAUCAGUGCAAACAUCAGAGAGAAUAAGGGGAUAUUACAUUGUGGUAGUUCCGCUGAAAAAACAGCGCACCGGCAAGUUUUUCAAACCCUGGGACAAUCCCGAUGAGAUGAAUUUGGAGGAGCUUCUGAAGGAGAUAAACCAAACUAGCAGAGGCCUUCGGUUCCGCAGGCAGGCAGAACCCAAAGCCUAUAUCGCUGCCUACUACAAAGUUCUGCCGAAAGAAUUCACUCUUGGAGAUGGCAAAAUGUACGGGGACUUUCCAAACAAACAACUUCAGAAUGGCCAGGAGUACAUAUUCUUUGUGCUCGCUGUUUUGGAAAUGUCUGAAAACAUCAUGUAUGCAACCAGCCCCUACUCCGAUCCAGUUGUUUCAGCUGACAUCGACCCCCAGCCAAUCAUUGAUGAGGAGGAAGGCCUCAUCUGGGUGGUGGGCCCUGUGCUAGCAGUUGUCUUUAUCAUAUGCAUUGUCAUUGCCAUCCUUCUCUACAAGAGCAAACCAGACAGAAAAAGAGCAGAAUCUGAAGCUAGAAAGGGCAGUCUCCCCAACAGCAAGGAAAUGCCACUGCAUCAUCCCACUGACCCUGUUGAGCUGCGACGUCUCAACUUCCAAACACCUGGUAUGGCAAGCCACCCUCCAAUUCCGAUCAUGGAAUUGGCAGAUCAUCUGGAGCGACUGAAAGCCAAUGAUAACCUUAAGUUUUCACAGGAAUAUGAGUCAGUCGAUCCUGGUCAGCAGUUCACAUGGGAACACUCUAACCUGGAGGUGAACAAACCAAAGAACAGAUAUGCUAACGUGAUCGCGUAUGACCACUCCAGAGUCUUGCUCUCCGCUAUCGAUGGUAUCCCGGGAAGUGACUAUAUCAAUGCCAACUACAUUGACGGGUACAGAAAACAGAAUGCCUACAUUGCCACCCAAGGAUCUUUGCCGGAGACAUUUGGCGAAUUCUGGAGGAUGAUCUGGGAGCAGAGGAGUGCCAUCAUUGUCAUGAUGACCAAACUGGAGGAGAGGUCCAGGGUGAAAUGUGACCAAUAUUGGCCCAACAGAGCGACUGAAACCUAUGGUCUCAUCCAAGUGACACUUCUGGACACUGUAGAGCUGGCUACAUACUGUGUCAGGACAUUUGCACUUUUUAAAAAUGGCUCCAGUGAGAAGAGAGAGGUGAGGCAGUUCCAGUUUACGGCCUGGCCAGAUCACGGGGUACCAGAGCACCCAACACCGUUCCUGGCCUUCCUGAGACGGGUGAAAGCUUGCAAUCCUCCGGAUGCAGGGCCCAUGGUGGUUCACUGCAGUGCUGGAGUGGGACGCACAGGUUGCUUCAUCGUUAUUGAUGCCAUGAUGGAACGUAUCAAGCACGAGAAGACUGUGGACAUCUAUGGUCAUGUAACACUAAUGCGAGCCCAGCGCAACUACAUGGUGCAAACAGAGGACCAGUAUGUCUUCAUACAUGAUGCUCUCCAGGAGGCCGUCAACUGCGGCACCACCGAAGUGCCCGCUAGAAACUUAUAUGCGUACAUCCAGAAACUGACGCAGAUAGAGGGUGGAGAGAAUGUCACUGGCAUGGAACUUGAGUUCAAGCGUUUAGCUAGCACUAAAGCCCACACAUCACGAUUCAUCAGUGCCAAUCUCCCCUGCAACAAGUUCAAGAACCGCCUUGUUAACAUCAUGCCAUACGAGUCCACGAGGGUGUGUCUUCAGCCCAUCCGAGGAGUGGAGGGUUCCGAUUACAUCAAUGCCAGUUUCAUCGAUGGGUACAGGCAACAGAAAGCCUAUAUUGCAACGCAAGGACCAUUGGCAGAGACCACAGAGGAUUUCUGGAGAAUGCUCUGGGAGCACAACUCUACGAUUGUCGUGAUGCUCACCAAGCUUAGAGAAAUGGGCAGGGAAAAAUGCCAUCAGUACUGGCCAGCAGAAAGGUCGGCCAGAUACCAGUACUUUGUUGUGGACCCUAUGGCUGAGUAUAACAUGCCUCAGUAUAUCCUGAGAGAGUUCAAAGUGACUGAUGCCAGGGACGGACAGUCACGGACAGUAAGGCAGUUUCAGUUCACAGACUGGCCUGAACAAGGAGUGCCAAAAUCAGGAGAGGGCUUCAUCGAUUUCAUUGGCCAAGUGCAUAAAACAAAAGAGCAGUUUGGUCAAGAUGGGCCUAUCUCAGUCCACUGUAGCGCGGGUGUUGGUAGAACUGGCGUUUUCAUCACCCUCAGCAUUGUUUUGGAACGAAUGAGAUAUGAGGGCGUAGUAGACAUUUUUCAGACGGUGAAAAUGUUGCGGACACAGAGACCAGCUAUGGUGCAGACAGAGGAUCAAUACCAGUUCUGCUACAGAGCCGGCUUGGAGUACUUGGGAAGCUUUGAUCACUAUGCAACGUAAAAGACCCAGUAUUGGAAGAAAAAAAGCAGAGGGCCCCUUGGACAGAAAACCCAGUGAGCCUCUCUUCUGAGCCAUAAAUUCCUGCUUGAGAAAGUACUCCUUAACUCCUUGCUAACAACUCAUUUUGUGUCAGAUGUGUGACAUGAAUUGUCAAAAAAUGAAAAAGAUGAUUUCCGGAGGACCAAGUAUUUCCCAACCCCACAAAAACCUCACCUUGAGACAGAGUGAGGGAAUCCUGACUGCUGAAGCAUCGUAUGGGAUUACCUUUUCUUUUGCUUCAAGGAUUCAUUUUUGGGGCUCAUAUUAACUGAAUGAAACCAACACAACAAAAAAGUAAAUGAACAAUAAUGACAUCGUCAGAAAUGCAUCAGUGAUAAUGAACCAUUACGAGAGGCACUGGAGGCACAGAGAAUUGCGGGAGGGGAAAAAGAACUUGAUGCACAUUGUAAAGAAAAAAACAAAUCUGUUUCACAAUCAAGUACACACAGACAACCCAUCGAAAAAGAAGACAAAACUUGGUCCACAACAGCAGGACAGACUUAAAAGUAAUAAUAACUAAAUACUCCCUUUCCUGUCACAAUGUUCAUCAUCUAAAUUUUGGACGAGGGGAAAGUUAAAAUGCUCUAUGAAAUAAAUAAAAAUUAUUGAUUUAGUUUUUUAGUACUUUAUUAUACAGCUGAUGUGCUUUUUUUGAAAUGUGUGAAUUUCCUUUUUUUACACAAAUUUAUCGCUUGGAAAUAAGUGAUAAAAUGUAUUUACGUAAAUGUUUUGUUUUUUUUAAGCUGUAGAACUGUUCUGACAUAUGUGCUAUUUUGCAGAGAAUCUGUUUUGCUCUUUCGGUUAUUUUAUUUUCUUUCCCCCCUCCACAUUAGCUUGCACUUAGUGCAAAUAACAGAAUUCAAACUACCAAAACGUAACUUUUUUGUUUGUUUUCUUCCGUGCUUCUUUUUCAGUCUUGAUUUUUCUGUUUAGUUUUGUCCAUGAUCACAUACACGGUCAAUUUACUCCCAUUAGACAAACUGGGGCUUUGUGGAAUCAACAGGGACGAGCAAAGUAUGAAGUUGCUGCUACCGAUUAUCUUAGUUCUUCCAUGUGACAAUGAUAAGAGAACCUGAUGAAUUGAAUAAGGUAUAUGAAUCUAUAAAUAUAUGGUACAGAUAAAUUAUAUAUAUAUAGAUAUAUAUUAUUAAACUAUAAAUAGUAUGUUCUAAAUACAUUGACAGAUAAUUUAUAAGUAAAUUGUAUAUGAAAUAUGGUUGCAAUGAAAGAUUCAAAUUUUACAGGUGUGUGCUAUGGGGGAAAUUAAGAGAUUUUUCACUGGAAUGCACAUCAGUUGGACAAAAAUGGUAUUCUGAUUCAGUGCAUCUUUUCUUGUGCAAUAAAUAUGUGUUUUUAGAUAGGGUUUUAUGUGGAUAUGUUCUUCACCAAUGGCAUUGUUGUUCCCCACAAGUGAGGUAUGGGAGUGGGAAUGUCAGGUGUCAGUCAAAGCACCACUGGUGCAAUUUUCAAACUCACAUAGUCUGUAAUUAGAGGCAGAGGUGUCACACAGUCGCAGACACAGCGCUCACACAACACAAUAGGGUACAAAGAGUACAAAGACGUCACUUUCUUGUGGUUCUUAAAAGCAGUCAGUGGUAAUAUUUUUUUUUUUCUUCAUAAUUUUGCAUUUAGAGUGCCUUAUAUUUAUGCCUGUUUUAUAAUGUUUCAUUUAACAUUUUAAUGUAUCCUUGGACUAAUCUAGGCAUUUAGUGUAAAUGUUACUGUAUAGUUUAUUUACCUUCAGUAUUCAUUUGUCAUUUGAUGAGAUUAUAUAUGCAAAUAAGAACAUUUCAAAGCUCAUACAUUUUAUUUUCAGUGGCCUUAUUGUGGCUAAGUGAAUUACAAUAGGAGUUGAGAUAUCACUGAACCUGACGGAAAACAGCUACAAAUGCAUGUCAUAUAAAAUGAUCAAAUUAUAAAACAUGCAACUGGAGAUGAGAUAAGAGAGCAUUGGUCUUAGACCAAAGCAGGACAAGGUUAAACUCCAUCAGCACUGGUAUAAAGACCCAACAUAAAAUUAUUUUUUACCUGAUGUGACUAAGAUCAUACUUGAUCUUACUGGGAAGCAUAUUGGGAUCCUGGAAUGGCUUGUCAAACUGCAGUAAAACAGGUUUAGUCGAGAAAGAAUGCCUCAUGCACAAGUCAAAACUGAAUGGUUUGCUCUUCACGCCUUAGGUUUGAAUUAUGGAGUUCAUGUGCGUCUCUACCAAAAGCAUUUGUAGAGAAAUACAAACUGCAAACAAAACUGGUUCUGUAAUCCUGACAAUCUGGUGUGUGUCGUGUCCUUUUGUUUUGUUUAAAAACAUAACAGUUAAAGACCCAGGUUCAAGUUUGGUUAUGUUUCAGUGUUCAUAUUGACCAGCAUCUCUAGGUUUUCUGUAAACUCUAUGAUGGCUUUGUGGAUGUGCAUUCCAAGUGCUUUCUUUCCCUUGUUAACUCAAGCAGCUAUAGUUUCAUUUUUGUCGACUGCUUAACUGAUCAUUUUCGUCUUGAUUUAAGUUAAACGUGAUGUUGGCCAAUGUUACAUUUUGUUCAAAUGUUCAAGUCUCAGAAAAUCUCAUUUCUCAUCUCAUUUUUUCCACUUUUUUUUUUGUUUAAUUGAUUUUUCGUAUGCAUGAUGAAACAUUGCAGAAGGGCCAAAGCUGGCCUGGUAGGAAGAUUUGCACUUUCUCUAUCUUUGUACUAUGCACCGCCCUAUUGAUUCUAAACCCAAUAAUAUAUUACUUGAACCCAUCUAUAAAAAGAUCUCCUUAAACGUUCACUUUGUGUGUAUGUAAAUAACACAAAAAAGUAUCAACUCUUGAAAAAGACAAAAAAAAAAGUUUGUGGCAAAAAAAGAGCAUCCAUUCUGAUGCCAUGGUUACUCCAGCAGAUGAUUUCAGAAAAAUCUGUCCCUCAACCAUCUGUUCUCGUGGCUUUGCCAUUCAAGCUUGGAGUGUCAUUAACAGAAAUAAACGUUGUGUUCUCUGCUCUCUCUAUCUAUCUCUCGUCUGGAUGCAUAGACUGAAAAAUUAAAUAAUGAAAUUGUAAAAAAAAAAAAAGGCUUGUUAAAAAGAUCAUACAAUUACCUCUGAUUAGUUGUAAGCAUAAAAUGUUUCUUUUUCUGAAUGAAAGGAGUGCUUUUUAUUUUCUUACUUAGGUUACAUUGGUGGAGACAGAAGUGUAUGAAAAUCAGUUCUUUGCUGACACAAGUUCCAUUUGUUAUAAAUGAAUUCUAUUAAAAAAUGUCAGUGUUAUGCA